UUGCAAAGGCGACGCAGUGUUGCCUGUUGAUAUGCCACUAAGCAGUGACAGCAGAGGUAGACGCACGGACCGUCUCUCUUUCGUAGUAUAUCAAAGGGGGGACUCUUCUGCGGACUGUUAUACACCCACCAAGGUAAAUGCUAUUGCAGUGAGCAACUGCUCUUAAUUGUUUGUGGGGGAACGCGGGAAAUGGAAUAUUGCCUUUGGAAUUGAGGAUGAGCUGCCACAAUUUUGUUUACGUUUCCAAAAUUAAAACAAAGAUUCACCUUUAACAACAACCGAACAAGUGGCAUCAACUUGUAAGCUAAACGGACUAAAAGUAUCCAUCCAUUACCAUCAGAUUAACUAUCAUUUAAAAUGGAGACGAUGGAAUCCAAAAUAUCAGUCUGGGUCUGCCGAGAGGAGAAGCUAGUCUCUGGGCUUUCAAGACGCACUACCUGUGCCGACGUUGUCAAAGUGCUUUUGGAUGAUCAAAACUUACAGCAAGGUGUUUCUGCAGCCAUGCUCUCCGGACCUCCUGAGUCUUACUGCAUUGUAGAAAAAUGGAGAGGUUUUGAGAGAAUUUUGCCCAACAAAACCAAGAUACUUCGUCUAUGGAGCGCGUGGGGAGUGGAGCAGAAAAACGUGAGGUUUGUGCUGGUGAAGAACGAGGCGUCUUUACCUAACAACGGACCCCGCAGCGCAGAGGCGCGGGUUGUUCUCAGCAAGGAGAGCCCGUGCGGAUACAAAGGAAUGGCGAGAGCGACCAUGGCUUUUUCACAAGAAAAACAGAGGCGGAUUGUGCGAAAGGCUUUCAGAAAGUUGGAUAAAAUUAAUAAAAAGAGAGAAGAAAGUUUGUUUAAGGAUACAUCCGCAGUGGAGAAAAUGGAAACAUUAGUGCACCUGGUCAUAUCGCAAGACCACACUAUCCGCCAACAGAUCCACCGAUUUAAGGAGCUGGAUAGGGAGAUAGAAAGGUACGAAGCAAAAAUUCACUUUGACAGAAUGAAAAGGCACGGGAUCAAUUACGUGCAGGAUACAUAUCUGGUUGACGCGAACCCGGAGCCUGACGCGAGUGGCGACGGGGACAUGCAGUGUUCAUCCGAAACUUCUGCCCAGUUCGAGGAAUAUGUCAGCAAAUGCAAUGAAAUCAUUAAGCUGGAGGAGGAGCUGGCCGAACAUCAGACACUUAUGGACAGUAUUACAGUGGAGAUCCAAGAGGAGCUGAAUCAACGGUGGAUGAAACGACGGCAAGAUGAACUUUCGAAUAAAGACACAGAAAGCAUCAAAGAGGUGGCUACCACAAGACUUCCAGCAGUAACCACCGAAACAGACUCUGCUCACAUGGAAGCUGAAAUUUCGCCUGAAGACGAGUUGCUCUUGGAGGAAGAGAGGGUCAAAACGCAGCUGGACACGAGUUUGUACAUUGGACUUCGUCUGAACACGGAUUUGGAGGCUAUUCGAGACGAUUUGGACUUGAGCCAGGAGCUGUGGAACGCGAAAGAGAAAGAGUUAAGGGAUUUGCUUGAAAAAGUGAACUCUCUGGAUUUAGAGGAAAGUAUGCAACCGUCGCCGUUGGAGGACGACAAAGAAAUGAAUUCUGUGGUAACAGAGAGCGAAAUGUUCAGUUCCUUAGAGACGAACAGCGGAUGGGUCGAACAGGCCAGGGGGCUUUCAAAGACAUGCAACACUAAUGACGAGGACUCAGACACUGGGCUCAGUUCCAUGCACAGUCAAGACUCGGACAACGCAGCAGUUUGCGAGUCGCUGGUUUAACUUCUUCAUAUUAAAGCAAAAAUGCUGCUAUGUCAACUCAGGGGAUAGUCCAUUUAAAAACUUUAUUUUCUCUUCCAGAAGCCUGCCAUGCGUAAUUUAUUAACACAGUGAUGCCACUAACAGCAACUCGUCUGUCAAGCUGGACAAGGCAAAAUAUUUUCGAACUAAAAUACGCACCAGUAGUAGCCUAACACCACGCUAUCAAUUAUAAACUCAGUUAUUCAUACCGAAAGUUCAUAUUCCGUUGUCUCCAUCAGAACUGAACGUGUAGGAAAGACAGGUUUUAAUGUUCAUAUAUGCUGGAAAUGUUAUGCGUGAGACUUGCAAUUGUUAUUUAUGUCAAACUAUGUAGUACCCAGCGACAAUAAACGACUGCAUUGUAUUUGCAGAGAGCAGUGAC